GACGAGCGACGACCGCGCGAGAGGCCGAGAGCGACUGCGAGUACUCGCGUUCCCACAAAUCGCGGACGUGUUAUUUCACAUCGUCGACCGGGCUAACCGAAGUUUUUUCCGCAAAAAUCGAAUUCGAACAAUCCGCACAUAUCAAUCGCAAGACACAUAAUCACUAACACAAACGGCAUAAAGAUAAUUUGACUAAUAGUCAAAAUUAGUUGAAAUUAUCAGUGAAAUUGAUCUUUUAAUACAAUGUAUGAGUGCGUAUUGUCAGUUAUUGAUGCCGAGUGAUGUUCAUACUGUUCAGUGUGGUUCGUUUAAGUGACAAAGCGUAGACCGUCGGUCGGGGGCUAUUAUCCUAAUCGAGAUUGCGUCGGGCCGGGAGCGCUCGGGCUCGGGCCUUAGUCGUUGGGGUACCCUAAAGCGGUAACUACGGAGUCGCCACUUCUCCUCCGUGCCAUUUACUACCAGGAUUGCGAUUUGAAGAUGGUGCAGCAGGAUUUGACCUAGGCCAGCUAUGGCUCGGGUGGGCUCAUGCGCAUGAGCCCCGGGCAGCCAGGACUGUGUAGUGUUGUGUUGUGUAGUGAUGCCCGCCAUGUUGUCGGCCGUGCUGGAAGAGGAGGCCGACAUGUAUGAGGCGUUCCCGCCGCAUGUUGACCCCACCGGAAUUACUAUACUCACCGAUAGCCCACCAGGGAAGAAAGCGCCGCUCAAAACCUUCGAGGAGGUCCAACCUCUAUUACAACAAUCGAGGAAACGUGAACUCAAGCUCGUCAUCAGAGAGAACUCCUGGCCGAUUAACAGCCCGGUCCGGGCGUUGCUGUGGCCGGCGUUGUGCCGGCAGCAUCAGCAUGGGAAAUCCAUGCUCGACGGCUUCUACUGGGACAUGGUCACUCAGGUGUUCGGAACAGUGGAGUUACCGGACAAGCCGAUCAUGCUGCCACCCUUCGUGGAGGCAACGCACUGCCUCGGCUACCACCUGACUCGCAAGGGCCGCGCGGUCGCCGAUCGGGUCGUCUCCGUGCUAGGCUAUGCCUGCCCCGACAUCACGUACAGCCCCAGCCUCUACCCCAUCACGGCUGCCCUGCUACACUUUAUGCCUGAGGAGGAAUGCUACCACUGUAUGGCGUCCCUCGUGGCGUCCAAGGAUAAGAUGUUCAUUACACAGACCAAGCUGCUCAACGAAGUCACGUGGAAAACGGUCAUGCAGAUCGCGAAGAAACACGCCAAGUCAGCGGCGCAGCACCUCUCGAGGCUAUCGGGCGCAAUCGGCCCGGAGCGGAUCUACACUGACUGGCAGUGGUGGAUCCUCGCGGCCCUACCCUUCCCCCACCUCGUCAGGGUUCUAGACUGCUUCUUCCACGAGGGCAUUAAGGUGUUCUACAGGGUGGCCCUAGCGAUCCUCAUCCUAUUCCACAAGCACUCAACUAACCAGAGUUCGGACUGGUACGCCGAGGCGACCAAAAAUGGUGUCGAUCACGCCAUUGACAAGUUCUGCAGAAACAUGCCCGCGUCGCCGACGAAAUUGCUGCGGACCGCGUUUAGUAUUAGGGCUUUAAGUUCACAGUACAUAUCCCGCGUGUUCAUAAAGACGGAGAUGACGCUCAAGUCCAAGCAGGUGAUCACGGGGUCGCGGCUCGUGCGCUCGCGCUCCUCCGACAACCUGCCCACCAGCCAGAGCCAGGUCAAUAUACAGAUGAUGUCCCACACGCUGACUAUACGUGAGAGCCCGCGUUCCUCCCAUUUGGCCCUGUGGUUCCCAUUCCCUAACGCGGUGUUCGCGGAUCAGAAACAGCACUCUUCAGACUUAAGACAGAAGCUGUUCACGUUAUGGUCGUGGCUGCCGGUCCGCAUCACGAUGUACCAGCCCGUGCUGUUGUACACGACGGAGGAGCACGGGUGCUCGCUGACCACGUUCUACGUGCGCGUGGAGCACCACGAGCCCACGCUGCUCAUGAUCAAGACGUGCAACAACGAGGUGGGUAUUAUGUACACGACGGAGGAGCACGGGUGCUCGCUGACCACGUUCUACGUGCGCGUGGAGCACCACGAGCCCACGCUGCUCAUGAUCAAGACGUGCAACAACGAGGUGGGUAUUAUGUACACGACGGAGGAGCACGGGUGCUCGCUGACCACGUUCUACGUGCGCGUGGAGCACCACGAGCCCACGCUGCUCAUGAUCAAGACGUGCAACAACGAGGUGGGUAUUAUGUACACGACGGAGGAGCACGGGUGCUCGCUGACCACGUUCUACGUGCGCGUGGAGCACCACGAGCCCACGCUGCUCAUGAUCAAGACGUGCAACAACGAGGUGGGUAUUAUGUACACGACGGAGGAGCACGGGUGCUCGCUGACCACGUUCUACGUGCGCGUGGAGCACCACGAGCCCACGCUGCUCAUGAUCAAGACGUGCAACAACGAGGUGGGUAUUAUGUACACGACGGAGGAGCACGGGUGCUCGCUGACCACGUUCUACGUGCGCGUGGAGCACCACGAGCCCACGCUGCUCAUGAUCAAGACGUGCAACAACGAGGUGGGUAUUAUGUACACGACGGAGGAGCACGGGUGCUCGCUGACCACGUUCUACGUGCGCGUGGAGCACCACGACCCCACGCUGCUCAUGAUCAAGACGUGCAACAACGAGGUGGGUAUUAUGUACACGACGGAGGAGCACGGGUGCUCGCUGACCACGUUCUACGUGCGCGUGGAGCACCACGAGCCCACGCUGCUCAUGAUCAAGACGUGCAACAACGAGGUGUUCGGCGCGUACUGCUCGACGCGGUGGUUCGAGCGCAACCAGAAGGACGAGCGCGGCAACCGGCAGGCGUACUUCGGCACCGGCGAGACAUUCCUCUUCAGUUUGCAUCCCGUCCGAGCCAAGUACCCCUGGGUGGGGACCUUAGAGGACAAGGCGGAGGACGAGGGCAAGUCCCAUCAUGCGCUGACGCUCUUUAUGGCCGGGGAUAGCACCAUGAUCACCGUCGGCGGAGGCGAUGGUCAAGCGAUCUGGAUGGACGAGAACAUCCGCUUCGGCAAGACGGACCGCUGCUCCACCUUCAACAACCCGCCGCUCUGCCCCUCCGGCGACUUCGAGAUCCGCGUCCUCGAGGUGUACGGCUUCUCCGGCGCAUAGGGGGGAUCUCCCAGGCUGCCCCGUCCCAUCUGUGACUGUGACGUCACCAUCACCAUCACCAGCCGGCCUAGCCAACGUGACAAUCUUGCAUAUAAGUGUGACAGUGACAGUUGCGUUUCGUUCGCUACGGAGCGUUAGCGAUUGACAUGUUGUCUACGGGGCCAGUACGGAUAUGAUGCUCGUAUUUGUCUACGUGACCGCGUGAUAAAAACGUCCGUCUCAGGGUUUCCCAGCACACCUAUCGACGCGAAAUCUGCAAUAGCCGAUAGAAAAAAAGCUUUAUGUCUACGAAAUAAGAGCGAACGCGACGCGUAAAGCGUCGGCCGAGACGUUUUUUUUCUAUUCUAUUGUGAUAUUCAUCAAUUAAAAGUAUUCGAACCGAAUUCCCAUACUUCCUAUACAAAAUGGCUUUGCAGAGCGGUUGAUCGAAACUAGUUUUCAUAUGGAACACUGUAAUAGCGUCACAGUAAACGGGAAGCCCGAUUUAUGUGUUGUCGUACCCCAAGUGUGAUAUAAAUGUUGUGAUCGUGUCACAAGGUGCGCAUGCCUGCAGGCGGCGGUCGGCUACAUAGCGAUAUAUAUACAUCUAUAUACACUGUACAGCUAAAAUCCCACAGAGACAUGCACAAAUGCUAAAAAUGGUUUGUUUGGACUCUUAAAUCAAGUCUCUACAUAGGUGCUUAGCAUUAGAAUUAUUUCUACAAACAAAAAUUAUUCUUACUAUACCAUCGAAUCUUAUUCAAGCUUGUAUCACACUUUGUUCUUAAAAUUUGAGUUUUAAUUGCAAUUGCAACCGCACGAGUGAGGUAUGAGAUUGCGCAAGAUUAGAUUGACAUAAUCGCUAUGUAUUUGGUUGUCCGUCUCUUGCCGUAAAUAGACUGUGUAUUAGCUGUAUUUACUAUAUUUAUUCACGUGUAAUCUCCCGUAUCCCCUAACCUCACACGUACUAAUAAGACAAGUGUGUAGGCUAACAGAUCCGUUCAAAACAACGAAAGGGGCAAUUAGGUUGUUACGAUAUUUACUCGCGUAGAGUGUGUAAGUACAAAGAUGUGUUACGUAACUAUUGGAUUAAAUACGCUUAAAGAAAGCAAUAUGUAUGAUGGCCUAGGCGUCGGUGGCUGGACGUUCCGCAGCUGACGAGGGCGUGCCAUCAUAAGGUCACAAUUUUAUCGCUCCCAUACUUGUACGUGACGUGAGACGAUAUAUUUAGUUUUAUUACAGAGUUAUAAUGAAAUUAAAUGUCUUAAGAAAUACUCGUAGUUUUAUUACUAGAUGGCGCUGUAAUUGUUAAUCGUCAACGCCAUCUAGUGAAGAUAUUUUGUUUUUCUUUGAAAAUUUCAUUAUUGCUCGAUUAAAUAUACAAAUUGGUGGCACGUUCUCAGUCUUAGUGACUUAAAGGUUCAUCCAAAAAGAAAAUGCUUGUUGUUUUAAUUAAAUAAUUUAAAAAAACAACAAAUAUUUAUGGAUGGCCCCAAGUCUGCAAUGGAACAUCCAUGCCGUCUUCAAUUAUAUGUGCAUAAAAGCUGGAAUAUUUUUAAAAGGCAGCUUACGACGGCUGGCAGUUAUAUCCUACUUCUGUAUUAACGUAAGAAAUAUAAUAUAAGAAGGACGUACCAUACGCGCCAGAUGUCAUAAGUCUGGCUUUGAAUGGUCAAAAUUACGGACAAUAGUCUUCAUGCUUAUGGCUUGAUACGUGGAUAAGUAUGGACAGAGUAACUUUGUCUAUAUAUCGUUAGUAAUAUUGGACUAUAUUGCUUUUAAAUAACGGUUCAAAUUACUAUCGUUAGUAAGCAAUGUUUCAUUGCUCCAUAUAAUUUAUAAACAUGUCUCAUAUACUCAAAACUGUCACCAUGUCUUUGCUCACAAAAAUGUACCAAAGAAAUUUAAAGUAGAAACAUUUGUAGGUGUCGCUACGCACGGUUUUAAACUUUUUAAACAGUUGUCGGUGUUCUAUGUGUACCUAAAGUUAUGAGUACUGGUGUGCCGUCGGAAAGUUUCCAAAAUUGCGAAAUUUCCACAGGGAAAUACUUCGGAAACUUCUUAUAUUCCUUCCUGUUUCCUGUGAAAUUUUACUGAAACUUCCGUUAACUUUUUGGAAAUUUUGCGCAUCUGGCACAUCUGUAGUAAUGAGUGAGACUCGGUGAGUGUAGUAUUAUUAUUUUACAUUUGACGGUUAUGUGCCAAAAAAAGGACCAUUCGACUUUAUACGUCUGGCAAUUUGGUAUAAAUAUAUUGAUUCGUGAUUUUUGACACCAUUUCUAAUUGCAGAUUUUCUAUGGUACGACUUAUGUGUGUUUCAUUCUCGUAUUUAGUAUAGGUGUUAGUAAGAUGCAUAAAUGAUGUUUCGAAUCACGAAUCGACGACCGCCUUCCAUCUCAUUAAUAAUUUUCUUAUCUAAUAUUAAUGUAUGUGACGAAGCUAUAGCGGAUGCGAAAACUUGACGGUUUUUAGCGUUUAAAAAAAUGAACGAAGUAAUUUUAAUGUGCGAUUUUUUAUAUAUGUUGAAUGCGAACGUAGCGUUAGUCGGACAUCACAACAUACAUAUCCCUGAAGUACAACGGGAUAGCAUAUCACCGGCGGCUUGCCUUCACUCGGCAAUUCGUGAUGACGAUAACGAAAUCAUCACGAAUUACAAAGUGAGCUUCCAUUAUUGGCUAAGUUAUAUAUGUUCUCACCUAUACUAUUUUAAAACUGACCAUCUAAAUACUCUCAAAAUCGGUUUUGAAAUAGUAGGUCUUUCGAGCCGAUCCGGAAGUACUACAAACAUGAUUAUCAAAGCCUAAGACUCGUUUUAAAUUCAGAUUAUUUAUGUAAUUUAUUAAUUAGGUAACAAUGGUUUAUAUAAUGUUAAUAUAGCGCCCCCGCGGGCCGCUACAGGCCUCUUGCGGACUCGUGAGUAGGGUUAGCAUAUACGGUCGCGGUCAGCGUCUUACUGCGACCGUACAUUGACUGUCAACGUGUUAACGCGACCGUAUGCUGACCGUACGCACGCGUCCGCUCGGGGCCUUAAAGUUAUGUCGGUAACUUUGGUAUAUUCGCUCAGUUGUUUUGAGUAUGUGCGCGCGUCCCGCGACACCGCAGAAAGGCAUUUUAAUAAAAUAAUGAAAGCUUAAAAUCGUAUGUUAGCAUAUGCUUAAAUUAUUUUUUUUAUAUUUUUACGUAGACGCCGCGGCUCAGACUAGGGAUGCGUUCAAUAUUGCUUGCACGUGUAGACGUAUAAUAUGAGGUUAAAAUACCAUACCAUAUUUGAGUAUAAUUGUUUGCCUUUUGCCUGAAUGUAGGUGUCGCGGGUCCCUUGCACACGUUAUGUAAGUAGUAUAGUGUAUACAGUUAUAUAGGGGGAGGGGGGGUCGUGGCGGCCGCGGGGUGCGGGGGCGCCGCGGACGAUAUUACGUUCUGUUGCGGGCGCGCUGCGCACCCGUCUCUUUCACACCAACGUGUGAAUGAGACGGGUAUAUCGAUAAAAAUGUUGGGACGAUCAGCCCCGGAUAUGGUCUAAAAAUUGGUUAAACAAAUUCAAUUGCACGACAAUAUACCUACAGUUGAAUUUAUUUGGGGCAAUUUUUAGUAGUAAUAAUGGUUGAGUUUUGUGGAUGUAUGUAAUAUUAGGCGCAGCGCGAUCCCGAGUUGUCGUUGAUCAGUGUAAAGUCUAGUCUUUAUCCUGUUUUUAUCUCUAACGAUAUAAUCUAAAUAUUUACGAAUUGAUAUUUAAAUUUUUGUGCGAUUUCGCCCCACCGGGGCGCGUAGGACGUGUUAGUUUAUAAAUACAUAUAAUGUAAAGUAUACUGUUAUUAAUAUUUGUUCUCCUUUUCAGUAUUUGUGGUGUGUGUUGUGAGCAUAUCGAGCGCGUGCUUGUUUUGUUACGUUACUGUACUGUUACAUUCGAUAGUCUAGCCGACGGGCGAAACUUGUUUAAUGGUAAUGUAAAUGUUGCUUUAUGAUGUCUACAAAAUAUAUAAUCCCGUAUAC